AUGCCGGGCUUCCCGGGACCCGGUCCUCCGGUGAGGCUGUGCGUGGGCCUCACGUGCAUUCUGUCCCUUUGGAACACAGUGUCUGCUGUGAAAGGAGAAGCCAAGAAGGAAAAGGUGAUGACCCUCCUUCCUCCAACAGUGUCUGGCCUUGGAGGAGAAGAGAGGAAGGAAAAGGGGGUGGCUUUUCUCGACACCACAGAACUGCCCGCGAGGUCAGUCGAUCUGUCCGCGCUGAACCUGACAGAGCUGGUGAACGGGAUGCUGAGCAGAGCUUUAAAAGAUACGAAGACGUUCUUCUCCCUGCUGAGCAUCACCUCCUACAGUUCCGUGGCCUUCCACAAGUUUUCCGUGGCCAUUUACAACAUUUCUAACCUGAAGGCUGUGGACCCGGCCAGGUUCCCCACCCGGUACUGUUACUGUCUGAACAACCGGACCAAUGACUUAUCAGAUUUCACGGCCCUGCUGGUGGACGUCGUUGGAAAUUCUACCAGCUACCUCACAGAGAUUUUCAAGUCAACCUCAAUCCUCUCAGUGAGUCAGACAAAUGAAUCCGACUGCACCUUCAUCUGUAUGAUGACAGGAAAGUCAGGACGGAACCUUUCUGACUUCUGGGAGGUGGCAGAGAAAUCUCCUGUUAUCAACUACACAUUUACCAGCAGCAUGCCUGGUGGUCCAGGUGAGUCUACCAAGGGCUCGUCUGUGACUUCAAUGCCCAUACCCACAAGCCAGCAAACACUACCAAGGACAAGCCCCCCGCACGGAGCCCAGAGCACCAGAGUGUCCUCUCUGAGAACUGUUCCCUGGACAGAGACAACUCCUCUUGCAAAGGGAGAGCAGACCCAGAACCCAGGAAGCCUUCCUGAGCUUCACUCCAGGACCACGGCCACGCGGGGCAGCGCCUCCCCAACCCCAGCCUUGGCUACCAGGAGGGUGGCCCGGACUCCAUGGGUGACAACCAGCAGUCAGGCGUGGACUUCCAACCUACCUGUGCCCUGGGCUCAGACCAUGGGUGAGAAAGCACCCGGAGGGCCUCCCUGGGAAACAUCGUCCUCCACACCCACAUCUCCUGCAGAGGCCAUGACCACGUGGAGCCUUUCUGGGCCACCCGCUGGGGCAGCAUCCACACAGGGCAGCUCAUCCCAGGCCAGCCCAGCCUCAGGAACCUUCACCCCUGGCACACAGACCCCGAAUCCAACCAAGGCACCAGCCCCUAGAUACCCACAAACAGGUGACGCCCCGUUGGCCUGGCCAUUUGCCCCUGGAGAGGAACCAGCCCUGGCCCCGGGACCCCACCAGGUUUCUAGGUGUCCUCGGCUGCUGGUCGAAGAGGGGGCCGUCACAGCCGCUCCCCUCCCCCUGGCCAUCCGGAAGCUCAACCCUUGCCUGAUGGAGCUGUGCCGCUUUUUCCAGCAAUGCCUCUGCAUGAGCCAGAAGAGAGACCCCAGGAUGGAGGCCAUGAGGUACUGUCUUGAAUACUAUUCCUGGUUUCUGAAGAAUGCAACAUACAUCUGUCAGAGGGUGAAAAGGGUGCCCCACUCACACACCUUAAAACAAAAAUGCCUCCAGAAUAUCUGCCAGUCCGUGUGAGGCCUUGAAAAGAUGAUGGGACCUAACGAUAAACUGGACGACAUCCCUUCACCCUGGCCCCUGGCCCAAGUUGGCUGGAUGUGAAGAAUUCGCCAGGCUCCAGCUAGAUCAUCAAUUAACUGAAAGAGGUUCUUUGGGGAAGUAGCAAUUCUUUCUUUCCUGUGAACCCUGUGAAGGGGGAAGGCCAAGUGUUAGAGCUGCCCUGAAACCUAAAUCCACGGUCAAGAAUCCCCCGUGAUGCUUACGGAGAUCCUGAGACGGGAGAAAUGGGUUGAGGGGUAUCACAGCAGCCAGAACAAAUGAGUCCAGGCCCUGAGACUCUGACACAGUACCCAGAGUGACUUACACUUGGGAUUUUAGGAAGACAACAUGAUAAAUAAGGAAAGGGGAGCCCAUACCCUGGAGAGAGUCACAUAGGAUUUCUCUACACCACGAACCCACGCUUCAUUAUAUACAAGUAAUCAGACUCGCUGACCAUGGGAUCCCGAUAAUUCUCCAUGCCCCUAAAUAGCAGGUGAUGAGAACCUUCCCCCGGAGGAAGUGUGGCUUUUCUGUUGUUGAUGUCUUGUGUCGAUUUCUCAUCUGUGGGUCCCGCUGUAUUUGGGGGUCUCAGGUUCUGUGACUCACUAAUAGGACUCCCGGAGCCAGAACAGCUUUUAUGCUCACAUUUCCUUCUUAUUACAGAGAAAGCCUAGAGAGUAAAGUCAGCAAAGGUAAAAGGUGCAGGGGACAGGGCCCGGGAGAGGCCAGACAUCAGCUUCCCGUUGCCCUCUCCGGUGAAGUUGCACGGGCACCACUUAAUCCUUCCAGCAAUGCCGUGUGACAACACGUAUGGAGUAUCAUCAACCAGAAAAGCUCACCCGAGCCAUGGAGUCCAGGGCUUUAAUUGGGGAUCAGCCUAGAGGCAUGAACUUACUCUGUCUUCGGGCUCUCCACAGGUCAAGCCGACACGCCGUGACCCAAGGCCCCUGCUAUAAGUUGUAUUGUUAGCUUGGAGCAUCUGGCAUGACCCAAAGCUCCAGGUUUACGGACACUCUUGUCAGGUGAGGGUUCAGAGGUUAACCCCCAGGAGCUGUUCAGGGCUGGACUUUUCUUUGGAAGAUGCAGGGUUCAAUGCCGUAGCCCUGCUGAGUCAACCCUUUCCCAGGCACCCACGGGCUAAGGUGUCCCUGUAUCGGUUCCAGUCCCUUUUAAUUUCUCCCCAGGCCGCAGUAGCUGCAAACACCCCUGUGAGUGCCAAGUCCCCAUGCAGAGCAUUACUGAGCAGACUUGCUCUUUCCAAUGGCCCGUGUGGACCCCGUGCUCCCUCACUGCUGUGCCCAGAGCUCCAGUCUUUCAUGUUAACAUGCGGCCCGGGCAUUGGUGUCCCACCCUCUCUGACCCAUGCCUGCCCUUUGGUGAGAAAAGUUACUCCAUUCACAGUCCAAGUAGAAACGAUUUCCCCCCAUUGGUAGACACUUGAGUGCCCUUGCCCCGACUACCUGUGGACAACAAGGCUCUCAGAAAGGUAGAACUUGAACUUCAGGAAGAGACUUCCCUCCUCUCAUCACGCGCAGAAAAGAUUUAGUUUUAACCUCUGGAACACUUGGGAGGCCCUCAAAGUUAUGCAAAUGCCAAGCUCAUGAACUACACCUGCCAUCACGACUCUGGGGGCCUGCAAAGGGCCCUCUCGUUUGCAAAGCUGAGGAGGACACGGGAAAUCUCCUAGGGCAAAGGGACCAUACCUGGAUAGGAACCAAAAAAUGAGCACGAUUCAUCAGGUGGGGGUUGACCUGACCAGACCUUCUCGAAUGGAUAAAGUUGAUAUUACUAAUCAAGGAUCUGUGGCCAAGAAAGUCUCCCAGAGUUUCCCCCAAAGAGUAAUUUAUCAUCAGGGAAGGUGGGACUAAAGACUUGGUCCCAACACCCUGGCUAUUUGUCUGUGGGGGAAACCGGAGGGUGCCCAGCCAUCCCACAUCUUGGGGAUUAUGACUGAGCAUGACUAUCGUUUAAAGUUUGUUUAGGGGCGCCUGGGUGGCUCAGUCGGUUGAGCGUCCGACUUCGGC